UGGUGCACCGUGUAGGAGCCCUCCAUCUCCUUGUGGCAGGAUUACGGCAGCUGUAACAAUGCUCUCAUGUUUACCAACAGCCGCCCCGUCACCCCCACGAUAACGUCACGGGAACGAGGCUGCCCGUCAAUAGAGCACGGAUAUACACUACUUAUCUCUGAUAAAGACCCCCAGGAAAAACACCAAAAAGGGAAAUUGAGUGUUGAUAUUGUAGCGACUCGGAGAUCUUUGACAUAGGUUCCGGUCGUAGAUGGAUGUGCAACGUAUGAAUGACUAAGGAACGAAGCAUUUCAAGUGUAGUACACAAGAGAUGUGAGAAUUAGAAGGGGGGUGAUCUAACGGCGGUAUGUCACGUUUGGACAUAUAUACUACUCUGAGAGAUUCACUAAACUUUAAUGUCAUGUAUAUAAAAGUAUACAAACAUGUGUUCGUCAAAAUUACUGUUGAUUUAAUUUUUAAUUAUAGCCCGUGGAUAUCGCUCUUCCUUCCUCCUAUUCUGUAGAACACUUUCCAAGCAUGAGGCAGAAAAUACAUCACACUAACGUCACGCUAAAUUCUUCCUGUACAUCAACACUCCACGGGAACGAGUGUCCAACGAGAAUCUAGCAUGGAUCUGGCAGCCGUGGGGUUUGUCCUGAUGGCGUGCCUGGCCGUGCAGUGUCCGGCCGAGACCAGUGGGAAGGAGGUUCGAAUCGAGGGUACGUUCAUGCUGGGCGCCCUGUUCCCGAUACACUACUCGAAGGACCAAGUCUGCACAGCGGAAAUCAACGAGCAGGAUGGGAUACAGAUUCUGGAGGCCACAGUGUUCGCUCUAAGAAAAGUGAAUGACGAACUGAAGAAGAAAAAUCUGUCUAUAGGGUUGAUAGCUAGGGACUCCUGUUACGAAACAAAUGUAGCGUUGCAGCAUGCACUAGAGUUCGCAGAGAGGCGAUAUAACUCUCUGUCUUUCAGAUAUGAUAACUCAGAUAUGUCAUCAGUUGCAAACAACGUCAUUGGCGUGAUCGGGCCGCCAAGAAGUAAGGAGACGGUACCUGUGGCGAAUUUCUUAAACGUGUUUCAAGUUCCACAAAUAAGCUAUUUUGCCACAACCCCUGAACUGAGUGACAAUGUGAAAUACAAGUUCUUCAAGAGGACCGUGCCCUCGGACAUGUACCAGGCGAGGGCCCUGGUCAGUAUUCUCAGUUCCCUUGGCUGGGAAUUCAUCAGUAUCAUAUACGAGGACAGUUACUACGGGAUCGAGGGCUACACACAUAUCAUGGAGGCCGCGGAGGAUGCCGGGAUAUGUUUUGGUUUCGACAAGAGAGUUAGGGAAACAACCAGUGAUGAAGAAAUGAAGGAAAUAGUGAACGAUCUGAUGAAGAAGAGAAACACGAACGGAAAAGUCUUAGUCGUGCUGUUUAUGCAAUACGCUAUGGCUUACCGCAUCAUUGGAUUGGUGGAUACAAUCCACGGCACCAAAAACGUCUUCUGGAUAGGCGGCGACGCCUGGAUAGGGAGAGAGCCCCCUAGCGGAUUUGAAAACGUCAUCAAUGGUGCCAUCCGGAUCAGUCCAAAGACAAAAAAAUACCCAGGGUUCGCCGAGUACUUCAAAGAACUGACCAUAAACAACCCCCACAACCCCUGGUUUGGAGAAUACCUGAUGCAGCGGUAUAACUGUUCGAUGUCCAAGAAAUCCAGCUGUUCUAAUACCAAGAUGAACGAUUUCAAGGAGCUACUGACUGCUUACAAUGUCCGUAACGCAGUGUACGCAUUCGGUGAGGCAAUAGAUCGGAUCCACACCUCGCUCUGUGGAGGCGGACCUACGGGAGUGUGUGAUUCAAUGAAGACCAAUCUCACAGGGGAAUUACUACUCCAGUUCUUGGCAAACGUCUCAGAUCCAUACCAAUCCAAGUUUAGUUUUGUGAAAGGCAGGGACGGGCCGGUACAAUACAGUGUUCUACAGUACCAACCACGGCAGUGGACAGAGACGGGAACAUACAACGAGGUAAAGCUAGUUUGGAAUUCUGGUAACAGACUGGAACAGGAAACGUCAGUCUGUUCCUUACCGUGUAAACACGGCGAUUUCCGGAGUCGAAGCGACACCUGUUGCUGGGACUGUAAGCCGUGCCCAUACACGGACAUCGUAAACAAGACGGAUCCAUACAACUGCCAUGCCAGUCUAAAAAAAGAGGCCUCCAUCUCCUUGUGGCAGGAUUACGGCAGCUGUAACAAUGCUCUCGUGUUUACCAACAGCCGCCCCGUCACCCCCACGAUAACGUCACGGGAACGAGGCUGCCCGCCAAUAGAGCACGGAUAUACACUACUUAUCUCUGAUAAAGACCCCCAGCAGACGGUUGAUAAUGCAAAUCUCAGUAUUAAAUUGAAUCUACAGAAGAUAACGAUCAGUGAUAGAUCAAGGUAG